AUGCAGCCCCGGCUCUGGAUCCUCCUGGCCGCGCAGCUAGCAGCUCUCCACGGCAGCUUAGUCCUCCAGCAGACCCCUGGGACCAUAACAGUGCAGACCAACCAAAUGGUGUUGCUGUCCUGUGAGCCUAAAUUCUCGCCCAAUAAUAUGCACAUCUACUGGCUGAGACAGCGCCAGGCCCCGAGCAGUGACAGUCACCAUGAGUCCCUGGCCUUCUGGGAUUCCAUAAAAAAGACUGUGCGUGGUGAGGACGUGAAACAGGAAAAACUAAUUGUGUUUCGGGAUGGGAACCGGUUCGUUCUCAAUCUUACAAGUGUGAAGCCUGCGGACAGUGGUGUCUACUUCUGCAUGAUGAUCGAGGGCCCGCAGCUGAUCUUCGGGAAGGGAACUCAGCUGAAUGUGGUUGAUGUACUUCCCACCACUGCCCAGCCCACCAAGAAGUCCACCACCAAGAAGAAAGUGUGCCGGUCCCCCAACCCGGUGACCCAACAGCGCCCACCUUGCGGCCUUCUCCCCCUCAGCCUACUGGUGGCCGGUGUCCUGGUUCUGCUGGUGUCCCUGGGAGUGGCUAUCCACCUGCACUGCCGACAGAGGCGAGCCCGGCUUCGCUUCUUGAAACAGAAAUUCAAUAUAACUUGCCUGAAGAUAAGUGGUUUCACAACUUGCUGUUGUUUUCAGGUUUUACAAAUGAAUGGAGAAUACAGUUUUGGUGUCCUGCUUCAGAAAGACAUUGGUCAGCAAUGA